AUUUAACAACUUCCCAUCCCAGAUGGCGCUGUAAAUCAAAACAGGUAGAAACAAAUAACAGAUCACAGAAAUGCCACUGUCAUUAUUCGGAAACAAGUUUUCUCCCAAGAAGACUCCUCCCAGGAGAGCCCAUUCUCUCUCCAACCUCCAUCUUGAUGCCACUCAGACUCGCGAGGAAUUCGGUCCCGAGGUCGGACCAGUCAAACUAAAACUAGGAGGAAGCGAGAUUCAGUUUGAAAAUGGAAUGUGGAUGGCAGAGAGUGGUCCAGGGGGAGCUAGUCAUAAAGAGGUCAUGAAACUGCGCAAACAAAACCAACUUCUGUCCGAGGAAAACAACCUCCUUAAAUUAAAAAUAGAUGUUCUCCUAGACAUGUUAGCAGAAGCUACAGCAGUGUCACAUUAUCAUGAGAAUGAAUUAAAGCAACUCAAAGGUCAAGUCAGUAGGAAGAAAUAGCCGGCCUGCUGCAGUGAAAUAUUUCCUGUGAUAAAACAUAGUCAUUGUAUGCAUGUACUCUCAUCAGCUCUUGUGUAAAUGUGUUGUACUGUGAUUGUGACUGGUGUACAUGUAUACAUCAACUUUUUAGAUUUGUUUUAUUUAUUAAUUAUCUCUGAAUUAUUUUAGCAUUUUACAGUUAAAAAUAGUUUACCAAUUGA